AUGCUGAAGCAGAUACAUUUGAACAUCCCUUUGGUGGACAUGCUCCGUGAGGUCCCAAAAUAUGCAAAAUAUAUCAAGGACAUAUUGGCAAAUAAAAGGAGGUUAACUGAGUUUGAGACCGUAGCACUUACUGAGGAGUGCACUUCCAGGAUUCAACAUAAGCUUCCACAAAAGCUUAAGGAUCCGGGUAGUUUUACCAUCCCCGUAAGGAUUGGUGAAUUUGAUGUGGGUAGAGCAUUUGUUCAAACAAUUGGGCUUAGGAGCUCCGAGACCCACCACGUGAUGCUACAGUUAGCUGAUAGAUCUUAUGUUUAUCCUGGGGGAGUAAUUGAGGACGUCUUACUGCAGAUUGGGAAGUUUAUUUUUCCUGCAGAUUUUAUCAUCCUAGAUUAUGUGGCUGAUGAGUUGGCUCCUAUCAUCUUGGGACGACCUCUUUUGGCCACUGGAGAUGCAAUUAUCAAUGUUCGAGAAGGUAAAAUGAUCCUGAUGGUGGACAAUAAAGAAGCAGUCUUCAAUGUAUACCGUUCCAUUCAGUUGCCUCGUCAUUACAAGGACCUGGCCAUGAUUUUGGGGGUGGAGAUAAAUGAACUAGCCUUAGAGCCAAGGGCGUUUAAUAAAGAUGCACUAGAAAAGGCAUUGAUGUUUUUCAAUCACUUGGAACUUGAAGAAGAGGUUGAGGAGAUGUUGCACAUUCUGGAUGCAUCGUGUGAAUACCUAAGAGAAAGUACCCAAUUUGAGCCUCUAGAUAGGCCAAUCUGCCCGCCUCCUAAACCCUCAAUUGAGGAGGCCCCAAAAUUGGAACUUAAAUCCUUACCAUCUCAUAUUCAUUAUGCAUAUUUAGGAAAUUCUAACACUUUACCUGUGAUUGUUUCUUCUCAUUUGUCUGAAUUGUAG